GGUGAAAUGCAACAGUGUUAUCAGACGGAGGCUGACUAAAAUCACGAUGACUCGAACGUGCAGGAUUAAAAAGGCAACAGAGCGAUUGGGCAACCUACUUCACAGCAGCAAAAGUCUUGAUGCGGUGGCUUAAUUUCACAGAUGAUCGACCGGUGUGGUUUAUUUGGAUGACUUCACCAUUGCUCCAUCCUUUCGCAAACGGCCGAUAUCAAAAGCACCGACCUGCGCCCGUGGUUUCACGAAAAUGUUCCCGUAUAACACCUAGUGUGCGACGGUUACGCCAUGUACAAGAUAUGAUGGCCACCUUACGGGACAAGGUCGUAUGAGACGAUCAUUGCACAGUGUUUCCAGAUUCCGAUUUCUCUUUGGGUAGUGGAGGAUGACAUCUUAGAAUCUUCGCCAUUUGGGGCCGAUAACGAGACUGAACAGACAUUUCCAGCGGCAGCCGAUGUGGUAGCGCGUCACGCCUCAUCAUGACUGCCCGUCCGCCACGGCCCGUAGUUGAAGUCAAACACCGCUACCUGGCCUGGGAUAAGCCGCAGUUUCUCAUCGCAAACACUUCCAAGAGACCCGAGACUAGCCCUAAAACGUCCCUUGAUUCCAGAAACGCUCGCACGAGAAGGGAUGUGAAGUUAACAGUCAGUCGGAGUGCCGACCCACACACGGUACGGCGUGGACCGAACGCGGUGGAUAACCGACUCGGAAAAUCUCAACAGAGACUUUCUUCCCAACUGAACAAUUCUGCAUCCACAAGUUCGACACCGGUCAUUAUAGCUGAUUUGUGGAAGCCCAUGCAAAUACGAUACUCAACAACCCAGGAAAAGUUGGACUUUGUUAAUAAUGCACACACAAGGAGCCACAGCCAACCGGCAUUGGCUUUCGACAACUUCAACACCAGACAAGAAGCCCAGAAACUGCUUCAGAAUUCUCGCUCCAGUGUCAACCAACUUCUAAAGAAUCACAGAGACAGGUUGAGUAGUUCCCGAUAUCCCGUGAAGAGCACCGAGCCUUCAGACACUGGCUACCGCAAUCACAGGGUGGGAGAGAUCGCCGGAUACCAGAUUUUUGGCGGGAGUUUGCCGAGGACGAGCGUGUACAAUGUGAACGAGCGCAUGGUGUCGUCUGCUUCGGACUUGUCUAGUUUGUCAUUCGGCUCGAUCGACCACGAAGUGACUGACAACGUCACCCCGACGUGUCCACAACGUGCAUCGGAGUCUAGGACUUUGAUACAAUAUUCUCCUAACAUUGAAAGCCAGUCUGCAUUAUUAAAAGAUAGGUAUUUUGAUGUGGAAAAUGGGAACAAUGUUGUAUCGGCCAUAGUGUCGAGCGAUCAUAGUCGGUCAAAUGGCGUGGCAAGUCCUGGUAAUGAUAAGAGAACCGAACUCACGGUUAACGCCGGAGAAAAAGAAAAUACCACUAAAGCCAGGUCUGCUUCAUCUAUCCGUAUGCCUGUCGACAAUUGGAGACGGCAACACUUUGUCGACAACACGGUCGAUUCGGGUCCCUCCGAGGCUGUCGAUGCCUUACAACCAUUCAGGCUCAAUGCCAGACUUCCUUCACCUGACAGCCGGCCAGUGAGUAGUGGAGUCUCGCCGAAUUUUGCGGAAGAGAUCAGCAUAGUGGACCAAGCGAACAGAACCGAAGAAGGGUUACCACCAGAUUGCUCGAUGUGCCCCAUGUGCCGGGCUCAGGCCACUCUCAAGGCAGCUGAGACGGGAGAAGAAACCCGGGAAAUCUUGGAAGACCUCCGCAAGGAGGGGAGAGACUUCGUGAGCUUUCCUCGCAUGGAUUCCAACAAUUCACACUUCGUCAGCAGUGAAUCACAUCAAGAAAAUCAUCAGCAAUCAGUCGUAGAAAACGAUAAAAGUCCGGAUCAGACCUUAAGGGAGCAAAGAAAACGGACUGCUGAGAGGACGGGCCGCUCAAGCAUACGGCUGUUUAAUGAAACUUCAUACAAUCCGCCUUUCCCUCAAAACGACAAAAUCGACUCAUAUGGCAGCAAUGAGGAACUCAUAGCAAGGAAAACUCAUUCUGAUUCUGAAACUGUUAAGCGAAACAAUGUGGCUGAAGCAAAUAUGAUAGAUGUUGAUUUGAAAGCAAGAUACAGGAGUGAGAAAAAGGCAAAUGUCCGAAGCCCAAGAAGAGAUUUUGAACCAAACAUUCGUAAUGGCGCAAUUGUAUUAAGAGGUAGAGGUCUGACACGAGCAAACAGGCUUGAGCAGACCCAGUACCACACCAGUCCUCUUCACGCGGCCAAGUGGUACAUGGACGCAGCGCUACCGACGCGUCAGGCCAGCCCACGCGGUUCCAUGACCGUGUCUCGAGGAGCAGCGAUCCCUGGAUUGGCACCAUGUUCCCGGUACCUGCCUCCCGCAGCUACGCCAACGAUGAACCACCGAGUCCCUCUCAUCAUCUGGAGAAAGCUUCAACAACUAGAUACACCACAUCACAGUGACAACAGAGGGAUGGAGUACGAGUACGGAUCCAGGUUGGCGGGGGCUGCUGGCUAUCACGGGGGUGGAGCGACGCGUUUCACCCAUCAACAACCGAGAGUUGAUCCUGGCGAUGAGAAAUUCGCUUCUAAGUCCGAGACAUUGACAUCCUCGUUAGUUAUUCACAUCCCGACGGCUGGUGUUACACCUGAAGAUGUGGACUGCCCACCAAACAGCCCUGAAUGAUUUUUUUAAAAUUAAUUUAAACUUUGUCAUUCAGCUUAAUGGGAUGAAGAUGAAAUAUGAUAUCAUUUAGGCAGUUUGCCUUUCAAAAUGAGGGAAACGUACACAAGUGUUAUGAUUUUUUUUUUGCCACAGAAGAGGAAAAAAAAAGAAAUCUCAACUGAGGGACACAUUAGCCAUCAACUUCGAACAGUUUAGAAUGUGUUUUUGAUUGGAAUUUGUUUUCCCCUGUCGAGAGUGAUUCUUGAACGAAUUGUUCAUGUUUAAAGAAAGAGAACAACUGUGCAGAAUAUAAUUUAUUGCAUACUUUUCCAUAAAAUGUUUAUCGUUUGUGAACCUCUUCAUGCUCAGUCAAUAACUGUACAUACAUGUAUAUCUAAUUUGUUUUGUAAGGUGUUUAGUGUUCAGAUGGACUGAUGAAGACAUAUAAAUGAACAGCCCCAAAUGGUUGGCUAUUAUGAUGUCUUUCAUUGAUUUCGUUGUUGGUUUUUUUUUUUAUUCCGCGCGUUGUUUCAAAGAAAUACCCAAUACAAGCUCCUGCUACUUGUACAUCGUUUAUAAAAUGUAUGAGAUAAGCUUGAAUCUUAAAAUUUGAAACAAAACUAAAAGUUGUUCAAAACACAAAUUUGAAUGUGCACUGUAACCAUAAGAUACAACAAUAUAACUGAGACCGAUCGCCUGACCUGCCGACAAGAUUUUGUUGUCAGCAACGGUUGCCUAUAUGCGCCGUUGCUGGGCAAAAGUAUCACAUUUAGGCGGGAACUUUGGUUACAAUAGACAUCAUUAUUUACACGGGAGUUACAAAUUAACAUUGUAAGGUCUGUUUACACGGAUCAGUGCCCACACUAAUUUGAUGGUAAACAAAAACACACUUCAGAACAAACAUCGACAUUGUACCGAACAACCAGACGCAUAACUUGAUCCAUUAGAGUGCCUAGGGGAGAAAUUUCAAACAUUUUUCUUUGGGAGA